AUGGCGUACACCAAAAAAUGGAAUAUUAUAGUAGUGGAUUGGUCAAGAUUAUCCCGAUUGACGUAUGUGAAAUCUCGGGAGAAAAUUAAAGAUGUCGGCCGUAUACUGGGAGAAUUUAUAAUAUUUUUGAAAGAAAACAAUUUCGUUAAGCUCCCUCGCGUCCAUAUCAUAGGACACAGUUUGGGAAGUCACAUAGCGGGAUUUGCGGCCCAAACAGUCAAAGCAAAGUAUAACCAAACCGUGGAAAGAAUAUCGGGACUUGAUCCUGCAGCACCAGGAUUCGAAUACGGAAACAGGACAAAUGAAAGGAAUGCACGGCUUGAUAAUGAAGACGCCAAGUUUGUGGACAUCAUACAUACAAAUGGGCGAAUUUUGGGAAUGCUAAAUCCAAUUGGACACGUUGACUUUUAUCCUAAUGGCGGUGUCACUCAACCUGGAUGCAACUCGUACUUUUCCUUUCUAGACUAUUGCAGUCAUGUUAGGGCCUGCGAAUUUUGGACUGCUUCUAUUGUACAUCCUGACGCAUACACGGGGUAUCGUUACCGAUCAUGGAAGGAAUACCUCGACCAAAAAUUCCACGAUGGAAAAUCAUUUCCCAUGGGCAUAAAAGCCAGUCCGUUAAUUCCACCAGGAUCAUACUUUUUAGAAACGGCUUCAGAAAUACCAUAUGUCCAUUAUAAAACUAAACUAAUCGACAGUCUGUAAACUGCAAUAAAUUUAAUUAUUUAUUUAAUUACGUCUUUUAUUUACUUUUUUAUUCACUUCCAUGACAAUAGACUAUCAUUAAGUUAUUAUUAUUUUGUAGAUGCUGACCGCAAACUGGAACGAUUUACUGAGAAAGCAAGUUUUACCAGAGGAAAAAUAUAAUUCAACGAAUUUUCUAACGUUGUGGGAUUUCGAGGGAGUUCUAAAAUACACUCCUUUAUUUUACGGAUGGUAUACACGCGAAGAGGACCA